CGUUGUUGACAUAAAAGGGUAAAGUAGCCUAUCUUUUGCGGUCUCGAAAGGAUGGUCGCUUGCUAGGUACAUAGACACCAAAUUAGCAGCACAUAGCAUACACGUGUUAAUUUAUUCUGUUCGUCAUAUUCCUUCAAAAUGUCUAAAAUGCAGCUGUUGCAGGAUUAUCUAAACGAGCGGUUAACAGCGGUGGCUGUUGAGAUACUUGGGGCCGUGGAAAAUACCAUAGUAGACUACCAGGAAGAAAUCUCCCGUUCAAAUGAGGAGAUCGAACGUCUACGGAGGCUGCUGGAUUUGGUUUGCAAACCUGACAUACAGAGACCAGACACCCAGCAGCUCAUUCUCCCUGUCCCUGAAGAGGAGGCUCUUGCUGAGAAGCAGCACUGUGAGCAGGAGUGGAGCCCCAGUCUGGACCAGGAGGACCCAGAGCCCACUCAGAUUAAAGUGGAACAGGAGGAGUUUGGGACCAGUCAGGAGGAAGAGCAGCUUCAGGGGCUGGAGUCUGAUAUAAAAGAGUUCAUAUUCUCUCUUCCCUGUGUGAAAAGUGACUAUGAUCAGGACCCUCCUCAGCCCUUAUAUCUUUACCAAAACCAGACAGUGGAGAACAGAGAGGGGGACUCUCUUCCCACCAAAACAACUGAAGACAUCAAAACAGAACUUGAUGGGGAGGGCUAUGGAGUAUAUGAACCAAACAAUGAAUUAAAUCUCUUUUCUCCAGUAAAUUUGGAUCGUUCUGCAGCUCAUAUUGGGAACAGUGGCAAUGGGGUGGACAGUGGAGGACUAAUGUCACAGUUACAGCCACUCAAAUCAAAGACAACAUGGACAAAUAAAGUACAAAGCCUUAUUAAGACCAGGGAAGCCAGUGAGUUGAAAGUUCCAUUGAGGGUGGCUCACUCAGGGGAGAGACCACACAGGUGUCCCGUCUGCAGGAAAUGCUUUCUGAAAAUUAGCAUUUUAAAAACUCAUCAGAGAAUUCACACUGGGGAGAAACCAUAUUGCUGCAAUGUAUGUGGCAAGAGUUUCAGAGAAAAGAGAACCCUGACCAGUCACAGGCUGACUCACUCAGGGGAGAAACCAUAUCAAUGCAAAGAAUGUGGCAAAUGCUUCAGUCAAAAGAAAAUCCUGACCAUACAUAUGAGGACGCACACUGGAGAGAAACCGUAUCAGUGCAAAGAAUGUGGUAAAUGCUUCACUCACAGUGGAUCCCAAGCAGCACAUUUGAGGAUUCAUACAGGGGAGAGACCAUAUAAGUGCCCUAUGUGUGUGAAAUGCUUCAGAACAGCAAGUCAUCUAAAACGGCACCAGCGAAGUCACAGAGGAGAACAACCACAUUGUUGACUUUUUUGUAGUAAAUGCUUCACUUGUAAGAAUAACAUAGGGCUAGAUUCUAGCAGAGCCGCGUUUGCCGACAUCCGCAUAGCAGUUGUUUUGGCGGUGUCGAGUUGGAACUGCAUUAAGAGCUGUGAAAUCCACAAGUGGCUCCUUGUGUUGCCUUUUUGCAGACACUGGCAUUGGAUGCAACAAAACCACACCCUACUUUAUAUCCGACAAUUCCCAUACAGCCACGUUACAAAUUUAAACACUUGAAUGUGUGAUGUUCUAUUGCCUACACUUCAAUUAGACUGAUAGACUAUAAAUCCCCUAAUCCCAAAUGAACAUGAAAACAUGCAUUAGCCUGUCGUUAUUUCUAACAUCAAUAGAGCCUACACUUUAUUGCCAUUUUUCAACCUCUAACGUGUUGUCGAUAAUAAGGAUGGGAGAUGUUGGUGACACACAACAGUAGCCACUCACCGAUUUUUGUCAGCUCAUAUUGCAGUUACACCGCCAAAACGCAGGUUAAUUCCCAAAGCCUCGAUCUAAUUGAAUCGAGGCCAUAGCGUACCGGUGUGUGGGUUAAAAAUGACAGAUUGGGACACUGAUAAGUGCCUAAAUUGCAACGCAUUGGCUGUACAGUAACAUGCUAUACAGGACGUCAGAGCUCAAGCGUGGUUCAUACACAUUCUGACAGAUGACAUUUCAGGAAUUUUCCAUGACUUUUAACCAAAUUUCCAUGACCAAUAAUUGGUGGCAUCUCUAUAUAAACAUAACAAAUGUGGUAUUGACACUAACCAAUGUGUCAAAUAGUACAAAGCUUAUUUAUAACUUAUGACACAGACAAUAUAGUUUGAUUUUAAAUAAUAAACAUUGAUUAAUACAUUUUGUAUAGCAUUACCUUAACAGAUACAACAGAGAAAAGUAAGUUUAAAACAAUAAUACAUAACAAGUGUAUUAUUUUUGUCUCUGAAAGUCCAGGAGUUAAACACUCUCUCUCUAACACACACACACACACACACACACACACACACACACACACACACACACACACACACACACACACACACACACACACACACACACCUGAACACA